GAACACAGCCAAACAUUGUAGUGUGAAUCUUCCCUCAAACACACAGAGGUGUUACGAGUGUUUGCGUCUUACUCCUUCUUAUCAUGAAGACCUGAAGAUGUUGGUGAGCUCCACACUUCCUCACAGACAGAUUGUUGGAGUCUGAAGGUAGGGUUCCUGGAGGUUGUCCGCUGAUGGUAAGACACACUAAAUAUCCUGUUUUUAUGUCUUUAUACUGCUGUUUAAAUGUAAGAUGGGAUAAAUGAUUAAAAAACAUGUUUGGGAACCUGCAUCCACUAACGUAUCUCUAUCGUGGAUCUGGACUGUGUUUGCAGUGAAGAGCAGGGUAGUUAACUGUAUUAGUUAAGUGUGAGCUGAGUACAGAGAGCCAGGUUGGCUGUUGUGAAGAACUCACUCAGUUUUAAGAAGAAAAUAUUUGUUUUGUUGCCAUGGACCUGUCUUAACCUGUUUAGGGAACACUGUGUGGUGGGACAAGGACUGAUUUCUUGAAGAGACAGCUCCAAACCAAGCACUUUCACUUUAUUAAGAAACAAUAUUGCGGGAACAGCUGUUACUAGCUUCAAAUUAAGAAUAAUGUUCCUCUUUUCCCUCCUUUUGGUGCCAAUUCUGGGGAUUUUGUCUGGCCUAAAGGACGAGGAGAUCAUCUCAAAAGAUUAUAGGGCGAUAUUGAGAUUUCUCUCUUCAUAAUCCAAGGGUGGAACUAGAGGGUGACAGAGAGGUGCCACUGCCCCAACCCCUACCUCAGUGGCCACCCAAAAAUCCUAAACUCUUAUUAGGUGUUUGUCUAACUUACUUUUAUUAAAAUAAUUUAUAUUGGCUGCAUGAGAAAAGUUGCUAGUUGCUUUCUUUGAACAAGAACAAUGCAGAAUUUCAUUUGAUCAUACUUCUUGUUUAGAUAUUGCACACAAAAAAUAAUUGUUAAGUCCUUAAAGAUGUAUAUGUUACAGUUGUGUUGCUUUCAAGGAGAAGAGAACAACAACACAGAAAUAUAACAUCCUCUGAUAAUUUGGUGUCAAUGGAGACAGUUUGGGGUUUGGCCACCCCAGUCAAAAAAAUCUCUCCUUGUGUUGUUCUUACAUGUACAUGCAGUGUUUUUACUACUAGUUCCUAGUUACUACUACUCGCCUUUUAUAGACAGGCAGUCUCAUUUAGACUCAGAUUCUCUGUCUCAAGACAAAUUUGGAUGAACAAUACUGCAAGUAAAUCUUUUCUGACUCUCUGAUUUGUGAUGUGAUUUCUAAAUUUUAAAUAUAAUUCCAGUUUUGCAUCAUGUCAGCUGUGACCAAUCAGCCUCUUCCCUUUGGUGGACUGGAGCGAGAAAAGCACAUCCAGAUGAUUUUCAGAGCUUUUCAAAAUCGCUGUGGGCCUUCAUGUGACUGCCAUACUCGCUUAGCUGGAACCAAACCACACCAGCAUCCUCCUGACUGGGGGUCCGAUGGGCAGAUGUCAGCUCUGACACCUGGAAAGAAGAUGGAGAAUAUCUUCUUAAUUCAGCCUCCUGGAAAAGUGAACAGACCAGGAGUGGAGGAGCAGCAGCUAGGAGGUGCGGCUGGAUUAAACUUAAUGUCUGUGCUGGAAACAGUCAGUCAGUUACAUAUAACUGCCAGACCAGAGCUGCAAGGUAAGUGGAAAGGAUUAUUUUGUUGUUGUUUGUUCUUUUAUUUUGUUAGAGUGCAGAGAUUUCUAUAGUUUAAAAAAAUGAAAGCCUCAUUAUCGUAGGUCCACAGUGUGUUCCCAGAAGGAUCUACAGCAUCUCAACAGGAGCCAGCAGGUCCCCGUUAUUUGUGGCUGUAGAAGGUACUGAUGAUCCCUGUCUACCCCCUUUUUUCCAUCUGAUUCUCAUGGGAUACUGUAGUGACAAAGUCCUCUGCGUAUUCUCAGUCUCUCCUCAUCUCUCUUUUGUUAGAGAGUUCUUGUAUGUGCCUCCAGUGUUGUGGUCCUGCUCGAGCCUGUACCCUGCAGGGCUUUGAUUGCCAGGGCCACCAGGUCUUUUAUUUUGAAAGGCCCUUUAGGGUGGAUGCCUGCUGCUUUGGCUGUUGCCUGAUGGAAAUGAGGGUCUAUGCACCUCAAACACAUCUCAUUGGCUCUGUUUACCAGAGGUAAGAUGAACUAAGUCUGUGCCCAUUGUUAUUCUUACACAGUACUGUAAUGGAAGACCAUGUUAGAUUUGGUUAUGGACUUUAAUCUGGGUUGGUCUUGGGUUUAGUUAAAAAAAAAAAAAAAAACGCCUUUUCCCAAGUGACUAAAAUCGUCAUAUUAAAAAUUCACAGGACCUAAAACUGAACCCUGAGGAACACCACAACCAGUGUUACAUUAAGAUGAGUUAUCUUGAAACUUUUGUAGGAGAUUAGCAUUAGUUAAAUAGUUGCAAAAGUUUAGAAAAUCAAGUUAUGCCUCUGCCUCAUUUGACUUUAUCCAAACACAGAUGCACUGAACAGACUUUUUAUAUGUUGUUCACAGAAUUGAUUCAUAAAAUCUCCCUUUGCUGUAUUCAGUGUUUGGUCACGUGUUUUUUCAACAGAAGUGGUGCCAGCAUCAUGGAGCAGAAUUCUAGUUUUAAUUUUAUGUGUAAUUUUCAUGACUUUAUGUUUUUAGGUGAGUGAAAGCUUAUAACCUGUGGACUCUCUACAACAAAUACAGUAUGAGUAAUUUCAAUGCUUUUCAUGCACCAACAGAAUGAUCUUUUUUCAUGUCAACCCAGCCUCUGUUAGUCUGUCUGUGGCAGCAAGAACCUCUACUGCCCCAUCCAGCCAGGUGUAGUUUGGUAGAGUUCGAAGAUCCAAAAUAGCCGCCUGCACGGAGAGCCCCUGACAAAACUGCCCUGGGCUCAACAUGGAGGAAUGUGGCAUCUUAGCUGAUAGGAACAUUGGCUCAUAGUAGAAAACCAAAAUACUCCCUUCUCUCUAAAUUUGACUCCAGGGUUAGCUGGUGUGUCUUUGUGUUUCAUAUUUAGAGUUCUCCAUGAAGCCCAAUCAUGGCUGUCCUAGCAGAAGUUUGGGUGGCCAGAGAUGUACUUGGUAUAAAUAUUCUCUCAGUUGUGCUAGAAUAAAGCGUGCCCCAGUUUGAACUCCUCCAACACCAAACUAACAAUGGUUUUGGUGCUGCAGAAUCAUGACAGCUGAAAAUGUGAUCAACCAAGCAGCAAGACUGUGCUGCGUGAGUGUGUAAAGAACUGGCCAGUUUAUCUGAUAGGUUGUUUAUUGCACGAUUAUGUAAGGAACUACUAUAUUGAGCUGUUGUGUGUUGGCUGAAAAGGUGGAGCAUGUUCACUCCUCUGCUGGAGGUGUGUGAUUCAAAUGGAGCAUCCAGCCUCGGGAUCCAGGGCUCCUGCUGUCCGAACCGCUGCUUCUCCAACCAGCAGUUCCAGGUGAGGAUAUACAUGCAUAAUGAGAGUAAAGUAACAAUAAUAAAACCACUUCAUUCACAUGACUAUUUAAUCAGUAUCUUCGGUUUAUAAUCACACUAGAUUGUCUCCAACGUUGGUGAGAAAAUAGGAACAAUAUGGAAGAAGUGGCUGGGCUUCGAUGAGGAGCAGAACAUGGACCAUGAGUAUUUUGGGUUGGAAGGUGAGAAAGCCUACAAGAGAACCCACAGAGAAUCUGCAGGAAUUUUGGUGAGAGAGAAAACCUGGUCCAAAAAUAGAAACCAGCUGAGGGAAGACAUCAAAGUAACUUCAAUAAUGUCUCAGCAGUACCAUUAGUUGACAGCAACCACGUCAUACCGGAAGGAUGCAAAAAUUCAAACUGAAGGUCCCCAAUCUAGUACUGAGUGUAUAAAUGAAUAUACUUUCCAUUAGUUGGAUUUUUAUGUAUUUUUAAUAUUAUUUAUCGGUCUUGGGCAACAUCCUAAAAAUAUGAGAUGCUUUCGUUCUCAUUUGCAUGAGCUUAAACCAAAAUAAUCAAAAUCCAAGCAAAAAGGGGCAUGACAUACUUAACUGUACACGCAAUGAAUAAAAAAAUAUGAGAAAGCUUACCUUGUUUAAUUAAAUUAGAAAAAAAAAAGUUUUCACAAUAUCCUGAUUUAUUGAGUUGCACCUGUACAGUAAAAUUUGGGCUUUAUUAUAGUUUCUUUUUGUAUUGUACUUCAUUUCUAUUAAUUUAUGGUACUGCACUAACUCUUGAUGGACUGUCUAGACUCAGAGUGCUUACUUCCUUUUCAUCAAUUAGAUUUGCAGACCUAUCUCACAGGACAUUUUGACUCUCAAAGUAAUAAAACACAACCUUUCAAACACCAAUUAAGGUUUCUUGCCAGCAAUAAUGUAGUUUCAUUUGCAGUUCAAAAUAUCUGCUGAAAAAAACAGGUCUAAACUCUGAGCUUCAUUUUCCCUAGGAUCCACUGUCAUUGUGUAUUUUUUAUUUCAGUACCAGACUGUUCCACCUAAAUCACAUUUAAAAUGAUUAUUUUUACUCUUCCAGUGCCACUGACCAUGGAAUCACACACCAAACUGUUGAUGCUGGCUGCUGCUUUCUUGUUGGUAAGCUUUGACCUCUCUAACCCUUUUUUAACCCACCUGUCUACAAUGCUAACAGGCCUAAAUCACUGACAAAAUGAACUGUUUUCAAUGUUUUCUCUACAGAACCACAUGUUCUUUGAAAUGAGCUGAUCAAUGAGAAGGAUUGGUCAUGAGUGAAUGGAUAUCGUUCAAAUACUAAUGAAGCCAACCAACUGGGUCACGACCACCGACUGUGGCAUUUAAGGAGUCAGUUUCAACCGAUCUGUAAUUUCUUGAACUAAAAACAAAACCAAUGCUGAUUUUUUUGGAAAACUGCAGUUCUACUUUUGGCCAUGUGGGGCUACCUCCAAAACUGCCUCAAUACCCAUAGACCUUAUGUAAAAAUGUGAAACCCUUUAGCUUAUUCAUAAGUAAAGCCUGAUGUUAAGGUACAAAGAAAAACAUGGUUUCUUGCUGCCUGUAUUUUUUUUUUAUCUGAGCUGAUUUGAGCCUCAGACUCUUUGACCACAGUAAUGGAUUCUUUUCAGAUCAGUUAUCCUCACUGUCCAUUUAGCCUCCAGCCAUUACCACAUUUAGCUCGUCUGCUCUUGAAAUAGUUUACCACAUAAUUGAUCAUCCAUUAGCAUAACUGCACAACUUCAAUACUCUUCCUUAAACACCACUACUGACAUUGAGACAUAUUUUGGAUCCAUCCACUUUUUUCUACAGUCUGGCUUUAAUGUACAUUCAAUUCAAAAAAGACACAACUGGGUUUAGCAGCAGAUGCAUAUUUGACAUUUAUUGCUAUAAUCCAUCAGGUGUACAUCCAGCAAUGUUGCUUCUUUUCAUACACCUGCACCCAUCGCCACACCUUAAAAUAGGGGUAGCAUUACAGUUUUUCAAACUAUGUAUUCUCUCUCAAUUUGGUUCCAAAAAAAUGCUCCGAGGAAUUGGUAAAAACUGUAACAGAGCCUGACCCUGAACCCAGUUUCAUUUCUGAAAAAUGGAAAAGGAGUGAAGGUCAGUGUUUCAGGACUUCUGUACAGCUUCAUUGAAAACAUUAAAAGAAAAGCCCAUCUACUGGAUGCUUCAAAGUUAGGAGAUAAAGAUACAACGAAGAGGAAAAACUGGUUGGGGUCAGGCUCUUGGCCAGGCACAGUGAUUUAGGCAGCUUGGCAGUCCAUUCUGAAGAUGCCGAUUCCAAAAAACCCUCUGCACAACACAGGAUGAUCUUCAUCCUUUGGAAUUCAAAUUCCAGGUCAAAGAUGGAGAAUCACAGUUGAUUCAGAUGAGUGAUCUUUGAAGUGGUCUGUAUUUACAAAUAUAUCAUACACAAUAAUAGUAAUCUUUCUAGUUGGAAAUGUCCAGAGAAACUGUAGUUAAAAUACAGCACUGUAAUAAAAUACCAUCUACCUGCAACCCUGUUUGAGUCCCAAUGAAACAGAUAAACACAAACACGUUUCAACAGCAGAAAGUGAGAUUUUUUUGUUUUUUGUUAAGCAAUGAAAACUAGUUUUAUAGCAGAGAGUUGAAUUUUUGUCAAGUACUCUUUGUUAACAGCUAAUGACCAGAUGAGCAAACACCAGCCACGUGACCCCCUCUGGGCGGCCAGGUAACAGUAUGUUACAAACUUGCAUUAAAAAUAAAAUAAAAUGAAAAUUUGA